AAUUAGAAAAGCUGCACCUCAUUUGAUUUAGUUUGUAGUCGGACAUCAUUUGUAGCUGCACCACUCCACAACCCGGAACUACACCUUGUGCAGAAAAUGUGCAGAGAGAGUUGUUGUGCAUGAAGAAGAAGAAGAAGAAGAAGAAGCUGCAGCCUCGGAGACGAAGUGAAGAUGUUCUACUGGAUGAAGAGGAGCAGCAGCGGCUCGGAGUCUCUCUCUGGUCUCAGUAACAUGAACAUGUCUAAAGCGGAGAUCCUCAGAGGAAUAGUGACUGAGAAGAUGAGCACAGCAGCUCAGGAGAUCUUAGCGGUGGUGGAGAGGACUGUGACCGGCUACGAGGAGGAGGCUGCGGGGCUGAGGAGGGAGGUCGAGCUGCAGAGGAGACAACUGGAGCUGCUGCUGCAACCGAGAGUCAAACUGGAGAGGAAAGCCCUGAUCCCAGACCUGGAGGACCAGGAGGUGGUGGUUCUGAGUGGUGAGGAAGAGGAGGAGGAGGAGGAGGAGCAGCAGCAGUCAGGUGUGGAGGACACCGGCAGUCUGGGCCUCCUGUGGUUCGAUGACGAAGAGGAGGAUGAUGAUGGUGGUGGUGAUGAAGAGCAGCAGCUGUCAGCGAUGAGCUCCAGACAGAGACGAGAAGAUCUGAAGGACCCGGAUUAUCAAAUAACACCAAGGUUAAUUUCCCCCAGAGGUCGGUCUGACAGGAGAAGGCCCGGCAGACCUCGGAUCGGUGAUGCUCCGAGCCAUCUAGUCCUCAGGAUCUGCAUCCUGGAGGACUCCCGGACCGCCGUGCUCUCCAACACGGUGUUCAAGAAGUACCCGGUGCAGGAGGUGACGUGUCCUCCGGGACUACAGGAGACGGACUUCCUGGACCUGCUGAGGUCCACCUUCCCUCAGCUGGCUGCUCAGGAACCGUUUGACGUCUUCACCUCCGACAGGACGAAGACGCUUCGUCCUCUGCAGGUGGAGACGCUGACGCCGGAGGAGAUCUGCAGGAGCAUCCGGCUGACUGGACGGGGAAACUCUGCCCUCUACAUCCGACUGAAGAACGGAGAGGAUCCUCAGAGCAGCAGUGAAGACCUUCAUCCUCAGCAGAGACCAGAUGAUUCUCCGUCCCGCUCGGCCACCACGUCGGCCGAUGAAACCGACACCUGCACCAGUUUAUCGUCUCCCAGAGUUCAGUCUGAGAGGAGGAGGCGUGGCAGACCCCGCCUCGGUGAGGAGCCCACCCACCACCUCCUCAGAGUCUGCAUGCUGGACGACUCCCGGUCCGACGUGCUCUCAAACAAAGUGUUGAUGAAGUCCUCGGUGAAGGAGGUGACGUGUCCUCGUGGACUACAGGAGGCCGACUUCCUGGACCUGCUGAGGUCCACCUUCCCUCAGCUGGCGGGAGACGACAAACCGUUCGACGUCUUCAAGUCGGACCGCAGCCGCAGACUGCAGCGGCUCGACGUGAAGACGCUGACGCCGGCGGAGAUCUUCAGGACGCGGUCCACCGGCGUCGAGAAGACGCUGCUCUACAUCCGACUGAAGACAAGAGAGGAGGAAAAGGAGGAGGAGGAGGAGGAGGAGGAGCUUUUCCAGAGAAACGAUGACGUCACCAGCGACUCUCCGUCCAACGCCGCCGUGACGAUGCAAAGUGAUGAAGCCGGGCUCAGUUCAAGCGUCGUUCAGCGUGUAGACGGUAACGGCAGCUCAACAUCACAGCAACAGGACAUGGACACGGAGGACGCCGGCGAUGAAGACGCCGCCGAGAGCCAACUGGACUCCGGCGACGACAAGGAUGGAGACGAGGCGUUGGACGGAGACGACGACUGGAAACCCGAUCCCGAGCCGCAGACGUCAAAGACGAGGAGGCGGCGGCGGCGAGGAGCUCUGACGUCGUCCGGCGUGGAGGGGAAGUUGAUCGGGAGCGGUAAAACGCCGUGUAAAGUCUGCGGAGUCUGGUACAGGAUACAAGGCGGUCUGAUCAAACACGCCUGGAUCCACGUGGACGAGCCGCAGUGCGUCUGCGGCGUGUGCGGCGAGCGUUUUGAAUCUGUGGAGGAGUUAAAGGGACAUCUUAAGAAAUAUCAGAAAACUCACGAGUGUUCUUAUUGCAGGAAGUCGUUCUUCACCGUCACCGGCCUCAAAUGCCACACCACCCUGCACACGGGAAACCGCCCGUUUAAAUGUGACGUCUGCAACAAGACCUUCGCUCACAUGUCCAACCUGAGUAUCCACCGCUGGGUCCACGUGGACGACAAACCGUACAAGUGCGACGUUUGCCCGAGGGCGUUCGGUCUGAAGGGUCAGCUCCGAGCUCACGGCAAGAUGCACACGGGUCGGGACCGGUACCACUGCACCGUCUGCGGCAAGUCUCUGUACGACCGGCGCUCCUUGACCCGCCACAAGGCCACCCACUCGGGCGAGCGGCGGUACAGCUGUCAGAUUUGCGGGAAGCGUUUCAAACUUCCCGGCACGUUGAAGUCUCACGAGAAGACGCACACGGAGAGAGAGCGGCCGUACCUCUGCCACGUCUGCUGCAAGACCUUCCUCUCCAACUGCGGCCUGACGGCUCACAUGAGGACGCACAGCGGCGAGAGGCCGUUCGCCUGCGCCGUGUGCGGCAAAGGCUUCAUAUCCAACGGCGAGCGGAAGGCGCACAUGCGCGUGCACACCGGCGAGGCGCCGUACGGCUGCUCGGAGUGCGGUCGCUUUUUCAAACGCAAGACUCACCUGACCAACCACGUGAGGAGCCACCUCGGCAUCAAGCUGUUCGUCUGCGCCGUCUGCGGAAAGGCGUGCUCGCGCCAGGAACACCUGACGGUCCACAUGAGGACGCACAACGGGGAGAGACCGUACCAGUGCACCGUCUGCGACAAAGCCUUCACUCAGAGCCACUGUCUGAAAACACACAUGAAGAGCCACCAGGGCGACGAGAACCCGUUCCUGGACGCGUCCACGUCCUGAAAGACGCGUCCACGUCCUGAAAGACGCGUUUCAUCAGCCGGGUUCCGUACGGAGAGUCACGACGGAGGUCGUUUAAAAAAUCUGUCUGGAGCCGCAAAACAUGUGAUCAUUGUGAUGAAGGUAACACAGUUUAUAGUCUCAGUAUAUAGUAUAUAAGUCUAAUGCAGUGAGGGCCAAAG